AUGGGUGAUGAAAUAAAUGGCAAUGUACAAGAUUUAAUUGCAGCUAAAGCUGCUGAAUUAUUUAAUUCAUGUGAUACAGAACAAAAAGGUUUUAUUAUAAGAAAAGAUAUGCAACGUUUACGAGAUGAACUUGGUGUUGAACCCGAACAAUUAGAAGAUGUUUUUGAUUCAUUAGAUAAUGAUCAUAAUGGUUUUCUAACAUUAGAAGAAUUUACAUCUGGUUUUGGUAUGUUUCUUGGAAAUCAAAUGGAAUGUAAUAAUGAAGAUGAACAAGAACUUAUUGAACAUAUACCUGAUGAUAAAGAAGAAGAACAAGUAUUUCAUCAUACAUUAGAAACAUUAGGUGCAAAAGAUCUUUAUGAGGAUGAAGAAACAAUAAUGGGAUUGUGGGUAAAAUUACGUGAAACUGAUCCAGUAUUAUUAAGACAAUUUGAACAAUUUAUUGGUCAAGCUACAGAAGAAAUAAAACGUUCGAAAUCUGAUCAUCGAAGUAUUGAAGCAGCUUUACACAGUAAAUCAUCUGUAUAUGAUGAUGAAAUAAAACGACUCUAUGAUGAAAUGGAACAACAAAUUAAAAUUGAAAAAUCUAAAGUUCUCGAAGAAGAAAAAUUAAAGGAACGUGAACUUCGAGAACAAAUGGAAGAAGAAUUACGAAUAAAAGAACAACAAUUAGCUGAAGUAAUUAAAACACAACGAGAGUUAGAAUUAAAAUUACUUCAUACGAAUUUAAAUGAAACUGAAACUAAAAAUGAUAAUGAACGAUUACAAAAAGAAAAAAUUGAACUUGAACAACAAUUACAAGAUAUUGCAAGAAAUUUUGAAGAAUCAAAACAUUACAUAUCUCAAUUACAAAUUCAAACGAAAAAAGAAAAACGAGAUAGAGCCAAACACGCAUUAAGUUUAACUGAAAAUCUUGCUAUUGAACGUGAAAAUCUUGUUAAAGAACUUGAUACACUUAAAUCUUUAAAUAAACGAUUAGUUGAUGAACGUGAUGUUCAUCAUGGUGGUAAUUCCCAAGGACGUGAUUUAUCUUCAUCUCAUUCAACAUUAAAAAGACAAGGUUCAGUUCUAUCAGAUUAUUUUACUGCACCGCAUAGAGGUAAUAGUGAACCUGAAGAAGAUGAUGAUGUUAUGUCUCCAUCAAAUAAUGAUGAAAGUGAAAGUGAUACUGGAUCUACACAAAAUCGAAAUCAUAUUAGAAAUCGUGGAUUAGGUGCGCGUCAACAACCUGUUGGUGCUAAUGCAGUUUUCCAACAUUCAGAAUUGAUGAAUGUAGCACCUAAUGCUGUACCUGAUCGAAUGUUUAAAAUAGCUUUUAUUGGUGAUAGCGGAGUUGGAAAAACAAGUUUUAUACAACGAUUUUGUACAGAUAAUUUUAAUGAAGCUUUUUCAGCAACAAUUGGUGUCGAUCUUCAAGCUAAAAUGCUUAAUAUAGAUAAUCGUGUUAUAGCAUUACAAUUAUGGGAUACCGCUGGUCAAGAAAGAUUUCGAAGUAUUACAAAACAAUAUUUUCGUAAAUCCGAUGGUAUUAUUCUUGUCUAUGAUGUAUCAUCUGAAGUAACAUUUCGAAAUGUUCGUGCAUGGAUGACAAGUGUUCAAGAAUUAGCUGAAGAAGAUUGUGUCAUAGCACUUGUUGGAAAUAAAACUGAUUUAUGUAAUGAUGACGAUCAAAGACCGGUGAAAUAUAAAGAUGGAGCAAAAUUAGCUGAUGAAUAUCAAUGCUUAUUUUUUGAAAGUAGUGCACGACUAGGUACAUCCGUUAUUGAAAUAAUGGAAGCAAUUGCUCGAUUAAUGCAAGAGAAAGAUGAUCGCUUACGUAAAGGUGAAAAUAUUAUUGAUGUAUCGUCAAAAACAAAAAAACGAGAACAUGAAGAAAUUGUAGAAUGUAAUGAUAUUGAAAUUGAUAAUGAUAAAUUAGACAAAAUGUCUAUGAAAGAACAAGAAGAAUAUGUUAUAUCAAUUUUGAAUGAAUAUGAUAAAAAUCUCACAACUCUAGCUUAUAUAACAUCAUCAGCUGAAUUUGAAACACAUUUAUAUUUAAAUGAUACAAAUAGAAAACGAAUAACGGAAAAAUAUUAUGAAUCUUAUCGUGGUUGUUUAAAAACAAUUGCUACUAUGGGACGAAAAUUUAAAGGUUUAAUGAAUAAUAAUCAUUCAUCAGUACGUUGGUUAUUAAUACGUACACAAGCUAUUGGUGAUGCAGGAGAAACUAAUACAGUUAUUAAAAAUGAUUUACAAAAAUUAAAAGGUCGUAUUAAAGAAAUAUACCAUAAAAAGUUUACAUGGAAUACAACAAGAUUAGGCAUUGAUGAAGUACCAGAAGUACUUGGUUCACUUGAAUCACCCGAUGAUCUUCUUGCAUUAUGGAAUGCAACUUAUGAAGUACCGAUAUCUAUGCGAGAUCACUAUGCAACAUUAAUUGCUGUACAAAAUCAACAGGCCAAACAGAACCGUUUAAAUGAUAAAACUGAUUCAACAACAAACAAUGAAGAACGUCGUAUUGUUGAACAGUUAUGGCAAGAAUUAAAACCAUUACAUCGUUUAUUACAUGCUUACGUAAGACAACAAAUGAGUAAAUUGUAUCCUGGCUUAAUUCAACUUGAUCAACCUAUUCCAGUUCAUUUAACAAAAGAUAUAUUUGGUUCAAUGAUGACUUAUCUUGAAAAAGAUGUUUUACCAUUUCCUCAUAUUAAAGGAAUUGAUUUAGGUCCAUCAAUGAAACGAAAGAAUUUUACUGAAGAAAAAAUAUUUCAUUAUGCUGAUGAAUUUUUUACGUCAUUGAAUUUAACAGAAGCUCCAGAUAAAUUUUGGAAUUUAUCAGUAUUUAAAAAAAUUCCUGAUCGUCAUAUGGGAUGUCAUCCAGCUGCUUUCGAUAUGUAUAAACAUGAUGAUGUUAGAAUUCGUAUGUGUACAAGUUUAACAUCUCGAGAUUUUUAUGUUGUUCAUCAUGAAAUGGGUCAUAUUCAACAUUAUUUACAAUAUAAAUCUUUACCAUUUUGGUUCCGUCGUUCGCCACAUGGAGCAUUUAGUGAAGCAAUUGGUGAUGCAAUUGCAUUAGCUGCAAUGUCACCAACUCAUUUAAAACGUAUUGGUUUAUUAGAGAAUUAUGCAUCAUCUCGAGAAGACAAUAUAAAAUUUCUAUUUUCUCAAGGUUUAAGUCGUUUAUUUCUACCACCUUAUGCAUAUGCACUUGAUAUUUGGCGUUGGUCAGUUUAUAAUGGAUCAAUACAACCAUUUCAAUAUAAUAAACAAUAUUGGAAUCUUGUUUGUAAAUAUCAAGGUAUGAAACCAGCAAAACCUCGUCAUGAAAAAUAUUUUGAUGCUGGUACUAAACUUCAUGUUGCUUUUGAUUUAUCUUAUAUAAAAUAUUUUCUUGCUCAUGUUUUUCAAUUUCAAAUAUUUGAUGUUUUAUGUCAAGAAGCAGGCCAUACAGGACCAUUACAUUUAUGUGAUUUACAUGGUUCAAUUGCUGCUGGAAAAAAACUUAAAAUAUUACUUGGAUUAGGUUCAUCAAAACCUUGGGAAGAUUUAUUAGAAGAAUUUGCUGGUAUAAGAACAUUUUCAGCUAAAUCAUGUUUACGUUAUUUUCAACCACUUCGAGAUUAUCUUGAAGAAUUAGUUGCCAAAGGUGAAUUAACUGUUGGAUGGACAUGUGAUGAAGCAAAUAAAUCAAACUAUAAACAAUUAUUUCAUAUAAAAUUUAUUCUAUUUUUACUGAUGAAUAUGAUUUUUUCGAUGAAUUUUUUGUGA